AUGGAGGAUGAAGAAAAGGAAGAGACAGACAGAGAGUAUGUACAGGGACGAGAAGAUGUAAACAUGUUAAGAGGAACAAGAAAUGCCAACUAUACAAACAACUCGCAACCCGAACCAGCAGCAACAACCACGACAGUGUGUAAUUGGGCAGAGGCAUUGUGUGGGUCGUUGAUAUCUGAUUUAAUGGUAAAUAAUACUAAGGGAGAAGAGAAGAGGAAAGUGGAGAUUUUUGAAAAUCCAGAGAAAUUCAAAAUAGUGGAAAAUAAGCCAGAAGUAUAUGAGUCAAUAUAUUCAGACAAGUUAUUGUUCAGAGACAAUCAGGUAGAAUACGAACCAAAUGGAAUAAACAAGCUAAAUAGAAACAUGUAUGAAUCUACCCAAAGAUUAGAAGUAAUUGAUAAGAUUUGCAAUGCAUGUAACUUUUGUGAAGAUGUAUGUUUCUCCACAGAUUGUGUAAACUGCGAAAAAAAAAGGAAAAAUUUGUACGAAAAAUAUAAAAAAUACAAAAAACAAAACUUAAGAAUAUGCCAAAAAAAAGCUAAACUUAUGUUCAAGUUAAAUAAACGUGUUCGGAGAGACAUACUAUUGGGAAGUCAUUCAAUGGAAAAGGGGUAUGAAGAAGAAAAAUUUGUGAACACAGAAAAAAAUUGCACAAGCGAAGAAGGCAUAAAAGAGGAAAAGCAAAGCAAAACCCCACUUUCUACUAUCAACAAUAUUGAUGAGAAUGAAAAAAGAGGAGAUCAAUAUGACACACUAAAGGAUGUCAUCAGAAAGAGCACAAGCAUGAGCAAUAAUGAAUGGAAAACUGAAGAAAAGGGAGAAAAAACUAUAAAUUAUUACAACUAUACAAAAUAUAAAAAAUAUUUUACAAAAUGUGAAAUAAAAAGACACUGUAAAAUAAAUGAUUGCUGGGUUGUGGCAAAUGGUUGUCUUUAUGAUGUAACAACAAUUCUUAGUCACCAUCCAGGUGGAGUUAAUUGCAUUUUAAAAAAAGCUGGUGGUGAUGUAUCUGUUGAUUAUUCUUUUCAUUCAAAAUAUGCACAGAAAAUUUUCUGGGAACCUCUAAAAAUUGGAAAAGUUAUAACGUGUUCUAAGGAACUUGAUGAAGUCCACACAAAAAGUUUCUCUUCUCCAAAAAAGAGUACGUGCUUUUUUAUGUGA